AUGUUCGGACUACGCGCGAUCCGCUCACAGACACCGGCCAUCCGCCAGCUCACCCAGCGCCGCCUUCAGUCUGGCGGUGUUCAGAGCCCGGCCGACAAUGCCUUCAACCGCGAGCGACAGGCAGUGAAGGAGCAUGCCGCGGAGUCGAGUGAUCUCUGGCGCAAGCUCUCCAUCUACGUCGUCAUCCCCUCCCUUAUCAUCGCCAGCGUGAACGCAUGGAGGCUGUGGGACGAGCACUGGGAGCACGUUGCUCACGGUCCACCGCUUGAGGAGAAGACCGAAUACCCAUACCAGAACAUCCGAACCAAGAACUACUUCUGGGGUGACGGCGAUAAGACCCUCUUCUGGAACCCCAAGGUCAACUACCACAAGAAGGACGAAGAGUAA